UGAACGUGACGCGGGCGCGCGCGCGCGCCGACUGAGGGAGCGCUGCGAGCGGCUACGCACGACAGAGGAGCAGUAGCCGAAUGGUGGAGCAGAAGAUGGCGGAUGGCGACAGCGGGAGUGAGCGCGGCGGUAGCAGUGGGGGAGGCGGCGGCGGCGGCGGCUUCCAGCACUUCCAGAGGGACCAGGAGACCCAGGAGCUGGCGUCCAAGCGCCUCGACAUCCAGAACAAGCGCUUCUACCUGGACGUAAAGCAGAACAGCAAGGGCAGGUUCAUCAAAAUCGCCGAGGUCGGGGCCGGGGGCUCCAAAAGUCGCCUGACCCUCUCCCUGUCCGUGGCGGCGGAGUUCCGCGACUACCUCGGCGACUUCAUCGAGCACUACGCCCAGCUGGGGCCUAGCAGUCCGGAGCAGAUAGCCCAGGCGUCCGUGGGCGAGGACGGCGGGCCCAGGCGAGCGCUCAAGAGCGAGUUUCUCGUCCGGGAGAACCGCAAGUACUACCUGGACCUGAAGGAGAACCAGCGCGGGAGGUUCCUGCGGAUCCGGCAGACCGUGAACCGGGGACCCGGCUUCGGCGUCGGGGGCCCCGCGGGCGGCAUGCUGGCCGGCCAGACCAUAGCCCUUCCGGCGCAGGGCUUGAUCGAGUUCCGAGACGCCCUCGCCAAGCUCAUCGACGACUACGGCGGCGACGACGAGGAGCUGGCCGCCGGCGCGGCCGCCGCCGGGGGCUGCGGCGAGCUCCCGGAGGGCACCACCAUCAUGGUGGACUCCAAGCGGUUCUUCUUCGACGCGGGCGCCAACAAGUACGGGGUGUUCCUGCGCGUGAGCGAGGUGAAGCCCAGCUACAGGAACUCGAUCACCGUGCCGCUCAAAGCCUGGGGCAAGUUCGGCGGCGCGUUCUCGCGCUACGCCGAGGAGAUGAAGGAGAUCCAGGGGCGGCAGCGGGACAAGAUGUACGAGAGGAGGGACGAGUCCGAGGGGGACGACGCGGACGACGACUGAGGGGAGCUCAGGUCCAACCGCCGCUGGUCCUGUUACGCGACACAUCUGCAAUAUAGGGAGUAUUUUGCAAAAAAAAAAAAAAAAAAAGAAGAAGAAGAAGAAAAAAAAAUUCAAUAAUUCAAAAAAAAAAAGAAAAGACAAAGUGCAUGACAAAUCGUUCUGUUAUAGCCUACUAAAGUAUCGUGGAGUAAAAACCAAGUACAUGUGCAGGGAGUCAUUGGUGUAUCAUCCUGAAGUCUGUAGGGGUUGAAGGUCGGAGUGGUCGACUGGAUCUUUGAAAGUGAAUCAAAAGUCGACUAGAUGUUUAGAUGGAAUAGAUCUCAUUGGCGGGGCGGGGGGGAGAAACAAAUAGAGUGCUUUUUUUGUUAAACAAAAGAUUAAGAAGAGAGAAACUACUAAAAACCAGCAAAUUGGUUUUGAUAACUAGAACUGAAGCCAGUGAACGCUUUCCUACUUGCAACAUAGUUUAUAUUUAAAGAAGUGAGAGGUCAAACUGUUUGAGCUGUGUUCCUUGCUCACUCAAAGGGGGAGAACCUGCAUCCAUUGUGUUCCUGUUCCAGGUAUCUCCUCCGUGGGCAGAUGUUGGGAUUCUUGCAGGUCAGUCAGAGAAAGCCGAGGGGAAUGUCCAGAGAGCCGCUGUCGCACUGUGUGUGUGUGUGUGUGUGUGUGUGUUCUGCGUCAGGUAAUGUGUCAGCAGGCGAAGAGCUGUCAAGCAGCAGCAGCAGCAGCAGCAGCAGCAAGCAGGGACUGUUGAUUGAAAAGGUUGCCCAAUUGGGAAGACGCAGAGGAUUUUCUGCAAGACCAAUCGACGAGGGCCUUGUGGACUAAAUUCAAGCUUUUGACUCUAGUAGUCAAGUACAGUGCAGAUCAGCUGGGUUUUAUGUUAUGCAUAAGUCGCAUUGUUUUAAGAUUCACAUUCAGCAAGGCGGCGCCGUCUGUUUUCCUGACACCAGAGCAUCCCUGGUGUUUGAGAGCGGCAGCUUCGGAGAGUCAACACAUGGGGAGGGGACUGUCUUUUGUGUUCAUUAUGUGGAAGCCUACCCCAUAUAUAUAUAUAUAUAUAUAUAUAUAUGGGGUAGGCAUAUAUGAUAUACAAUGCUCAUUUGCUUCAACGUGUAACUACGAGCAGUCCAGAUAGCUGCCAGUUGGACAGGAGCCUCCAAUACACUGAAGCUUCCGUGAUCUCUCAGCUCUGCAAGGCAUCAGUGAUGAGCUUUGCCAUCAGCCUUUGUGUCGUGGUCAGAGCUGGGCAGACAUCUCUCUUAACCAGCCAGGGGCCAUUUUCUGACAUAACCGACAACAUCUUCUGACACACGAAGACCCUGGACAGAAACGCAUUGAUGGAUGUUUUCUUUUUGUGUUUUCUUUUUCUUUUUUCAAAAGAGAACUAUAUUGACAUGAGAUUCUACUUCUAGCAAAGAUAAUACCAAACAAACCAGCAAAAGAUAUUUUGAAAUACUUAUUAAGUAAAAUGUAUUGUGUACAAAGAAAUAAAAGAAAAGGUUAAUUUCUUAAAACAAAGUUGUGACUCAAACCUCCAGAUUAUUUUUCAUUUUGUUUUUCCAAGAGUGAAAGUAUAACACUUCCUUAAUUAAAAGAUUAAAUGCAAUAACCAA